CAUUCCAGCAACGAGGAAAAGAGUCUUGCAUUUGACCUAGAGUUUAUGGCUGGUCGACAUAACAGACGCUUGUCAGAAGACUGCAGUGGGUGGUUGGGGAUGUAGAUCUGGAUCACAGAAUUGAAAUAGCAGGGAACAGAUCCAGUAAGUGUCCUAUAGGCCAAGGUGAGAGAUUUAAAUCUAAUUCUUGUCACUAUUGGAAUCAAAUGAAGAGUAACUAGGAGAGGAGGAGAGGAGUUACAUGUGUUUUCUUUGGCUGAUGAAAGACCAGACAGGCUGCAGCAUUCUGACUCAAACUUCACUUCAAUUUUUUUCUUUACUUUGUGAUGCUGGAAAUUCCCACCUCUACAUACCAAUACAUGACCUCUCAAUGAAAGUCAUUCAUAUCUAGCCAUACCUGGUGACUAAUGUAAUCACGACUUCAUUCUAAGGAAGCAUAAAUAUAAACUGUGCUAUUGUUUGUCCUUUCAAAAAGUGAAAUGCGGCUAUUUUGUAAACAAUGUGUGAUACUGCCCUUAUUAUGCUAGACUAUUCCACCCACCACUCCCUCACUAUCAGCCUUCCUUCUAAAUUGAUGAUAUCUGAAUGUUCACUGACUCAGAUUUCUUUAAAAAUAUCUAAUCUAGACUAAAAAGAUCUUUCUAUACAGUCACCAUUUAGAUAACAUCACGUUUUGUCACGGUCUGUGUAGGUACCAAUAUAGCAGUUUACCAACAUUCAUGCUUUAUUUUCACCUUAAUGUUCACCUGUAUGAAAUAAACAAAGCCAUAAAACAUAAACAAACCAUUUCCCACAGUGAGCACAGUCUGAGGAAUGGACCUGCGAGUAACUGUCAAGUAGCAAACCAUCCAUCAAAUCUGAAAGAACAAAUUCAAAUAGCUUACAUUCUAUUGGUUUCCCAUGAAGGGAGUCGGCAGGAAGCAUGGCAUGCAUUGCCAUCAGCCUGUGUGUCAGAGAAAGAGUUAGGAUGAUAAAAAUUACAGACUUGAGGAAGCGGAGAGGAACGAGGACUCAUUGUAUGAAAGUAUGUGGUAUUUGUGUCCUGGGGCUUAAAAUGGUUGUGCUGUGAUGUUGACCUCCCUUUAAAAGGGUAAUUUCCUUUAAUCCCCCUUGCAAAAAUAAUCCUUCCCUGAACCCAACUCCCUACUCCCUGUUCACCUCUUGAAUGAUUAAGGCAUUCAUGUUCAUGUUUGAAGACCUCUGCAGAAGCUGUCUGCCUUUGGGUUUGUGAGACACAAAUUAACCAUUUUGACCCAAUUACCAUGUUUCUUAGAGAUGUCUUACUCCCUGACACUUGCCUGAGGUCAAGGUGGGAAGGAGGGCUACCAGCUACUUGUUCUGACAGGUUUUGCUUUAGAUGAUUGCCUCUGUGUCUCUGAGACGUUUGCUUGUCGUUGUUGUAAGACCGGGCGGUGUGAGGACGCUGCCACAGGCCCCUGACAGAGAGAGGGGAACCGGCUAGUCUGCAUUCUCACGGUGCGGUCACAAGUCACUAACGGAGAGCGUGCGCGCUCGAGAGAGAGAGAGAGAGCACACGGACAGAGAGACGAGACAACAGGAUCUGGGUGGAGUGCUGCUCAACCCCACAUCAGAUCGAGAUCGUCAGACCCUAUCAGCCUCAGCCAUCACAACCCGCUCACCGACCGACGCCCAGCAGCUGCUGGACUGGAAAGAAGGAAGAAGUGCACCUUGCCCAGUGAGAAAGAGAGAGAGAGAGAGAGAGAGAGGGAUCGUCAACGGACAGAUAGCGUGGGCGGCCCCCUGUGUUGGCAUUCCACUAACGCUUCCGCACGAGGGGAAGGGCAGCUGUGGAAGAAGGGGUUGGGGGAGGUGGGGGGUGAGGGGUGCAGAACACAACAACAACAACAGCAGCACCGAAACACCUCAAUGGCCCAGACGACUGGUCGCAGGGACCCCAAGUGAGCCUGUGUGAAGCCCCUUGCCGUGGUGGUCCAGUGUUGGGGACUCCUAGCUGCGCACGCUGACCCAACAAGUCGAGCUGCGGACCCACAUCGGCAACACACACGCGCGCGCGCGGACCAGCGGCUUGAUGGAGCCUCCACUGGAAGACCCCCAGGGGGCCCUCAGGGGCCUGAACGAGCGCCUUCAGAGCUUCCUGGAGCACGUGGAGCGCCUGGAGGCGGCCAACCGCCACCUGGAGCAACGCAUCCUGGACUGGGGACGCGAGAACUUGCCGCCACCUCGUGACUGGAGCGCCCAGGAGGGGGUCAUGGAGGACCUAAGGACUCAGGUGAGCCGUUUAAUGACCGAAAAUGCCCAGCUGUCUUGGCAGACUGACUUCCUGAAAGCCAAAGCCUCCCACUUUGAGAAAAGGUAUGAGAUGGAGAAGUGGCAGACGGCUCAUUUGGAGCCACAGAUGAAGGAGAUGAGGGAGACGCUGGGAAACCUGGAGAGAACAAACGCCCUCCUGGACGGGGAGAUCCACCAGCAGACCACUGUGCUUCAGCACACACACAAGGAAUAUGAGGAGUCUCUGACGGAGCACUGGAAGCAGCGGCAGCAGCUGGUCCUCCUCUGCGACGACGUGCUAGCGCGGCAUCUGGCCAGUGAGGAUGGCAGAGAGAUGGAGCUCUCUCAGCUCCUCGACCGCAUCAGGGCACAGUGUGACCGCAUCGGCAGCCACCCGGGCCCGGAAGCCAGCCCAACUCGAGUCCCAGGCUUCUCACAGACACCAGGAGGAGGCCUUACCAGCAGUGCAGCAGCAGCAGCUCAUAUCAGAGGAGGAGCUGUCGCACAGAGGCAGGCUGAGGCAGCCUUGGCACAGGUGAGCCAGGGAGAGGUGGCUUUGAAGGAGGCCAGAGAAGAGUUGGCCGAAGCCAGGAGGCAAUGGCACAGUCUGCAAGUGGAGAUAGAGUCCAUGCAUGCUCUGGAGAAAGGUCUGGAGAGCUCCCUGCGCCACACACAGCAGCACUACUCAGAGCAGCUGCAGGACCUGUCGCGGGUCGUACGCGACUUGGAGGGGGAGCUGGGCGAGGUGCGAGGCGGCCUGGCCACCCAGAGGGAGCGGCACAGCGAGCUGCUCAACACCAAAAUGAGGCUCGAGCGCGAGAUCAAGACCUACCGAAAGCUCCUGGACAGCGAGGAGGGCAGGUACCUGGCCCAUAACGGUCAGCUGGGAGGACUGAAGCCCUGGAAAGGUCCCGUCAUGGAGAUCCACCAGAACGGAGUGGAAUUCAGCCCCGAGGACGAGGAGGGGCCAAUCACAGAGGUCCACAUGACUGAGAUUGAUGGGUUCCAGAAGCAUCCAGCAAUACUCCGCAGACAGCAGAGCUUGGUCAUACUGACAGAGCCAGAGAAGAACACGGACGUGAAGAUCGCCACGGUGAAGACCCAGGAGAUCCUGCAGGGCACCGUGGUGCGGGAGAGCGCUGAGGGCCAUGGCACCGUGGAGACUGAGAAGAUUGACAAGGUGAUAAAGCAGUGGGAGGGCUCCUUCUUCCAGGGAAACCCAAAGCUGCGCAAGAAGUCAGUGUCACUGCGCUUCGACCUGCACAUGGCCGUGACGGACGAGGGCUGCUCCCAGACCAAGCAGGACAGUCUGCCUGAUGUGGAGGUGCGCCUGGUCAUGCGCCGGUCCCGCAGCAUCCCCGCCAUCGCCCAGUGAGUCAGGGGGGUGAGGUGUUGAGGGGGUGGGUAGCACCACCUAGAGGACUGGAGGUGUCAUAAGCCCACAAUUGUAGCCACUCACAGCCACUCUCAGAGAGAUGUUCAAGCUGAUGGACUUGACAGUGGACAGUGUGUGGUUGUGGUGAGAUACUGCAGCCUAACACACCACACACACACACAAACAUACACACACAUACACAAACAUGCACACACAUACACAAACAUGCACACACACACACACACAGACGCACACAAACACACACACACACACACACACACACAGAGACACACACACGCACACACAUACAUCUCCUAGAGAGGUAAUUCUGUACUCCCUCUCAGAAUGAACAAAACUGGAACUAGGACCAUCUUCAGUCCUGGAACACCUACAGCAAGACAUCCGAGUGAAAAAAUAAUAAUCCCACUUGCCGUAUGUUCCAUGUUCCAGCUAACUUCAGUUCACCCUUAAAAAAAACAAAAUCUUACAAGAACACAGACUCAUCCAGGCCCUUAGCCAGAUUAUGGUUUGCUAGGUUCCAACGCUCUCUGCUGAGGAUUAAUUCCAUCUCAGCUCAGCAGCUCCAGUAUGUCUGCACACCUACGUAUAGUUCACACACUAAACAAAUAAGCAUCUUUGCUCUCUUGCCGUUGUGCUGUUUUUCGUGCGUUACGAAACAUCUCCAUGCUGGAGUGGAGAGGAGUGGAGUCCUGCCUCAAACCAGACGACUGGUCAGACGAGUGGUCAGACGAUGCGAUGGUCGCGUGCACACUGUACAGCACCCUGCUUCCGUUGGUUGGGUCCUGGAAUGGCACAGCGCCCUGAUGCUGCAUGCAGUAGCCGUCUAUGUUUCUGUGGCAAUAUCACUGUGACAGCAGUGCUAUCAAGUGAAAGCACCUGCAGCAUUGCCAC